CUCCGGACGGCACUUUUGUAUGGGCUACGUACUACUUUCCCCAAGGAGAACGAGACUGACUUUCCCCAAGGAGUCAAGGAGUCAAGGAGACAGAUCGUUUUGAUCAAUAAAAGGCAACUACAACUGCAACUGCUGCUUCUCCAUAUCUCACGCUCUUCAAUUAUCUUCUAUACCCUCUCUCAUCAGAUGAUUCUGUAACAGGGCUUCGCUUUUAUUAUUCUUAUACAUGUUUUUCCACCGUGGCGACUAGGUUGCCUCUUUUAUUCUUACAACUGUAAUUUGGAAUCCGCCCCAGAAACGAUUAAUCCUCCAUUCACACGACCCCCUUGCGAACACUCGACCUGCCUCGAAGACACGACUCCCGACGUCAAUGGGACACCCGACACGCUCUUUAUACACAUACACAGUUGACCUGGGGAGGUGCCGACCGUUUCCAGCCCCCCCGCUCGACUCUUCCGCCCCGAUUGAGUCGCCAUGAGAGGCCUAUCCCUUGUGGGGCUUCUUGCGCUCACAUGCUUCACCAGCGCCGCGAACCUCCUGCCACGAAAUUACGAAGCCAGCGACUACUAUGUCCUCCAUAUCGACUCCGACGCUGCGCCCGCAGAAAUAGAAAAGCGCCUUGGCCUAUCCCACGAGGGCCAGCUGGGCGAGCUCGAAGACCACCACAUCUUCUCCGCAGCGAGACACGAGGACGACCGGGUGCAAGAUGCGAUCAAGGCGAGGAGGAAGCUACGGAGACGAGGCGCGAGCGAGGCCGAUGUGUUAGAUGGCGUGAAGCUUGCGCUGAAGCAGAAGCUGAAGCCACGCAUGGAGAAGAGGGGGAUAGUUCCUAUAAUCAAGGAGAGGGCGUCAGGCGCAUUCCCAGAACGAGAAAUUGAGGUCGAGAACCCGGUCGGUGUGGCCAGGCAAGCUGAAGUAAAACGGCUCCUUGGAAUUCACGAUCCGAUAUUCAACGAUCAAUGGCAUUUAUACAACAACAAGCAGCUAGGACACGAUGUGAACGUCACGGACGUUUGGAUUCAAGGAAUCACGGGUCACAAUGCUACGGUGGCUAUCGUCGACGAUGGACUGGACAUGUACAGCGAAGAUCUGAUGGAGAACUACUUUGCUGAAGGGUCCUACGACUUCAACGAUCCCGGUCUGGAGCCAAAGCCAAAGUUGAGCGACGACAGGCAUGGCACACGUUGCGCUGGAGAGAUUGGGGCUGCCAAGAAUAACGUCUGUGGUGUCGGAGUUGCCUAUAACUCCAAGAUUGCCGGGAUAAGGAUUCUUUCGAAGCUCAUCACCGAUGCCGACGAGGCCAUCGCCCUGAAUUACGCGUACCAACAGAACCAAAUUUAUUCCUGCUCAUGGGGCCCUCCCGAUGACGGAAAAUCAAUGGAUGCGCCGGGUAUUUUGAUCAAAAGGGCUAUGCUUAAUGCUGUACAAAGGGGCCGAGGAGGGCUGGGUUCUGUCUACGUCUUCGCGUCUGGAAACGGCGCUGCGUCAGAGGACAACUGCAACUUCGACGGCUACACAAACAGUAUCUACAGCAUCACUGUUGGCGCAGUUGACCGCAGAGGCGAUCAUCCCUACUAUUCCGAAAAGUGCUCAGCGCAGCUUGUCGUUACCUACAGCAGCGGUGGUGGCGACCAGAUUGUCACCACCGACGUUGGCGCGAACAACUGCGCCACAACUCAUGGAGGAACCUCUGCGGCUGCGCCUUUAGCUGCCGGCAUCUUCGCACUGGUAUUGUCGGUCCGGCCUGAUCUGACUUGGAGAGAUAUGCAGUCCCUUGCAAUGCAGACUGCCGUCACUAUUGAUAGCGCAGACGACUGGCAAACCACGACCAUCGGCAAGAAGUUCAGCCACACAUUCGGAUAUGGCAAGAUCGACUCGUGGGCCAUCGUCGAAGCCGCAAAGACCUUCAAGUCACUCAAGCCCCAAGCAUGGCUCUACUCCCCUUGGAUCAAGGUCAACAAGCCAAUCCCGCAAGGCGACCAAGGCCUCGCCGUCACGUACGAGGUCACCGCCGCUAUGCUCAAAGAAGCCAACCUUGAGCGUCUAGAGCAUGUGACCGUAACGAUGAAUGUUGAGCACAGCAGACGUGGAGACCUCAGCCUCGACCUAAUCAGCCCAGACAACCUAGUCAGCCACCUCAGCGCAACCCGCAAGAACGACAACUCCCCAAAUGGCUAUGCGGACUGGACAUUCAUGAGCGUCGUGCACUGGGGCGAAUCCGGCAUCGGCACCUGGAAAGUUAUCCUACGCGACACAACCGUCAACGAGUUCUCGGGCAACUUCACAGACUUCCACAUCAAGCUCUGGGGCGAAGCCAUCGACCCCUCCAAAGCAACCCUCCUCCCCCUCCCCACCGCCGACGACGACGACCACAACUUUGACAAGCCCUCCUCCACCAUCUCCGGCACCGUCUCCACCACCUCCCUAAACCCCAUCCCAACAUCCACCACAUCCCCCCUAACAACAGACCAACCCAACCGCCCCGUCCCCCAAAACCCACCUCAACCCUCUCCCCCUCCCCCUCCCCCACCGCCCCCAGCGGCGACCUCGCCGCCUCCUCCACCGCCGCCCCGUCCUCGUGGCUCCCUGGGUGGCUGCCGAGUUUCGGCUUCGGCCCAAAGACGACGAUCUGGAUCUACGCCGCCACGGUCCUCAUCGUAGGCUUCUGCAUCGGGCUAGCGAUCUACUUCUACCUCGCGCGUCGCAAGCGACUCCGCAACAGCGCGAGGGAUAACUAUGAAUUCGACCUCAUACGCGAUGAUGAGGAGACGGAGGGGUUGACGGGGGGGAGGCCGAAGAGGAGGGCGGGGGAGCUGUAUGAUGCGUUUGCUGCCGGGAG